AUGGCAAGUGGGAGCCAGUACUGUACCAGAGAUGUGCUGCCAUUGACAGCCAUGGUGACCAUGGAGUGCACAAAUGUAGGCCUAAACACAUUAUACAAAGCAGCCACUCUCAUAGGGAUGAGCCCUCAUGUCUUUGUGGUUUACUCUUACGGUGUUGCUGCUCUUGUUCUCCUUCCUUCACCGUUCUUCUCUCACAGAUCAGGAGUGCUUCCUCCACUUAAUUUCUCCAUCCUAUGCAAAAUUGGUCUCCUUGGGCUGAUUGGGUGUACAUCUCAGAUCAUGGGAUUUACAGGCAUCAAUUAUGGUUCUCCAACUCUUGCUUCCGCCAUCAGCAACCUCGUUCCAGCUUUCACUUUCAUAUUUGCCCUCAUUUUCAGGAUGGAAAAGGUUGCAUUGAGAAGCUCAAGCAGUCGGGCAAAAGUGCUGGGCACAGUAAUAUCAAUCUCAGGUGCAUUUGUGGUGACUUUUUAUAAAGGACCAACACUCAUAUCAACUCCUUCACCUUCCAUAUCCCUUCAUAAUCGUCUAAGCUCAUCACAAUCUGGCUGGGUCUUAGGCAGUUUUUUUCUUACAACUGAGUAUAUUUUGGUUCCACUGUGGUACAUCGUUCAGGCGCAAAUCAUGAAAGAAUACCCGGCAGAAUUCACCGUGGUCUUCUUCUACAACUUAUGUGUGAGCAUCCUAGCAGCAAUUGUGGGUUUAAUUUCAGAACCCGACUCAAGUGCAUGGAAAAUCCGACUUGAUUUGGCAUUGGUCUCCAUUUUAUGCUCGGGUAUCUUUGGAUCGGGUCUGAACAAUACUGUCCAUACAUGGGCCAUUCGCUUGAAGGGACCUUUAUAUGUUUCAAUGUUCAAGCCAUUGUCAAUUGCCAUAGCAGUUGCCACGGGAGUCAUGUUCCUUGGUGAUACUCUCUAUCUUGGAAGUGUUAUAGGAGCAACAAUAAUCUCAGUUGGGUUUUAUACUGUUAUGUGGGGGAAAGCAAAAGAGGAAUUAGUGGAGGACAAUGAAACAAGUACUUUGGAGGAGUCAACCCAGAAAUAUCCCUUGUUGCAAAGCUAUAAAAAUGAAGAUAUGGAGUCCAGAUGA